AGUCGCUGGCGGGAGUUUGAAAAUGUGAAAUCGCGCUCAGGGAUUCGGCCGGUGGAAUUGCCAUAUCAAGCUGGACUAUUGGCAAGCACAUCCGUCCCAACCAUAUCUGUGAUUAUAUAUAGCCAUCUAACGAGGGAGAGCAAAGCAUUUUAAACUAAUACUGAUAGUCGUCGCUGUAACAAGCAAAGAAAACAAAGAAAACUGCCGUAUAAAUCUCACAAAGCCCAGUUCGGCUAAUCAGUCUGAUUGAGGUGAGUUAUUCAAGCUGCAGUUGAAAGCGACACGCGACCAGGUAUCAUGAAAUCCACCAUAUCUUUGCUACUGGUCGUUAUCUGCACCGUGGUCCUGGCCGCGCAACAGAGCCAAGCGAAAAAGGGAUGCCAGGCCUACGGUCAUGUGUGCUACGGUGGUCAUGGCAAGCGCUCUCUGAGCCCCGGAUCCGGGUCUGGAACGGGAGUGGGCGGGGGAAUGGGCGAGGCAGCCUCCGGGGGGCAGGAACCGGACUAUGUGCGUCCGAAUGGCCUACUGCCCAUGAUGGCGCCAAAUGAACAGGUGCCGCUCGAGGGCGACUUUAAUGACUAUCCCGCCCGUCAGGUGCUUUACAAAAUCAUGAAAUCAUGGUUUAACCGACCUCGCCGACCCGCCUCUCGCCUGGGUGAACUUGAUUAUCCCUUGGCCAAUUCCGCCGAAUUGAAUGGCGUGAACUAAGGCCGGAAAAGUUAUCAAUACAGAAAUAUCCACAACGUACAUUAAAAACCGGAAAUAAGCCUCAAAAACAAGAGCAACAACAUCAAGAGAUACAGUAACAGCAACAACAACAACAUCAGCGACAACACAUGAAUUACUUAUGAAUGUUAAUUACUUUCGCAACUUGUAUAAAAUGUUUGAUAAAUGUCUACACAUACCAGGCAGUCAAUUUUUAUGCUAAUUGCAUAAGCAUCGAACACAUUAAAAAAAAACCCAACUGAAAUUUUUAGGGGCUGGUAAGGAUUUCAGUGUCAAAAAAAAAAAGGAGCAGACGACGAAAAAUAAAUCGAAGAAAACGGCAAAGACAGCGUGUUUCACUGUUCAUAUGUUAAAUACAUACGUAUAUUUUAUUUAUGUUUAUUUACGAAGAAAGCGAAAGACUAUAUGUAGUUGUAAUUUUAUUUAACAUACAAAAUAUAUACAUAUUAACUUUGUAAACUGUGUAUGUUAAUCAUUAUAGGUGUAUAUGUAUAUUACGGCUGCGCAACACUAACAAAUUGUUCCCAACAGUUUUAUUUAUAAAGAGAUGCUUGUUUAAAUAUAUAAUAAAAUGUGCUACAAAAGCAUCCAAAUUC